GCUCCAGGCCUCGGCGUCCUGACGGAAAGCCGGGGACGGCCAUGGUGGCGAUGAGCCUCUUGCUGCGGGCUUCGGCCUCGGCGGCUACGGGUGCCGGCUUGGCCUUGACCCGCCGCGGGCUCGGGCCGCAGCUGCGCCUAGGCGGCUUGCUUUCCCGGAGCGUUCCGGGGGUGGGCGCCGUGGCCCCAGUCCGACAUAGUGGAGACCAUGGAAAGAAAAUGUUCGUCAUCAAAGCUUCUGAAUUUUAUGACAAGAGAUUUUUGAAGUUGUUGAGAUUUUAUUUAUUGUUGACUGGGAUUCCAGUAGCAAUUGGCAUAACACUGGUGAAUAUAUUCAUUGGUGAAGCUGAAUUAGCAGAAAUCCCAGAAGGCUACGUUCCAGAGCACUGGGAGUAUUUCAAGCAUCCUAUAACCAGGUGUAUUGCUCGUUAUGUUUAUGAACCUCCUGAAAAGAAUUAUGAGAGAACCAUGGCAAUCCUUCAGUUGGAAGCGGAAAGGGCUGAUCUGAGGUUGAAAUACCGGGAAACAGAAAGACUUAUGCGAGGAAGAGGGGAUGGACCCUGGUUUCAUUACCCAACUGUUGAUAAGCACCUUAUUGAUCAAGAUCCUAAAGCAGUACCUGACCAUUAAGCUAUUGAUUCUACACGUCUGAUAUGUGCUCUCUUUCGGGGGGGUUAAAUGAAGAAAUGCAUACUGUAUUGUCGUUCUCUGAAUAAAACAGCCAAUUCCCUUUUGGUCUUAGUUCUCAGUGUAGUUUGAGAAAAUUGCUUUUGUUGUUAAGGGAUGGUUUUCUUUCUUUUUAAAUUAAUAUAUUUUUUUAGUUUACAACACUCAGUUCCACAAGUUUUUGAGUUCCAAAUUUUCUCCCUCUCCUUCCCUUCCCCCCUCCCCCACCAAAGACAGCAUAUAGGUUCUAUGUAUACCUUCACAUUAAACUUAUUUUGGGAUGGUUUUCUUUUUUAAGAAGGUCAUGAAUAUAGCAAUUAAAAUUAGAUGAGGGCAAAGUUUGUGAACUUCUAAAGGAUAGUAUUGUUUGGAAGUAGAUUCUACAAUAUGCCCAGUAAAUGAAAGUUGUGGACAGGUGGUAUAACUGUAUCAAAAAUGACUUGUGUACCUAAGCAUGUAGAAUGUAGGUAUCUUGGUUCAUCAUUGACAACUCAUCUGUUUCAAUUGACAUUGGAAUUUUUAGCCUGGAUUAUGUAAAAGAUGAACUCCUUAAUAAAUUAGAAAAAUGAAAAACU